CUCGAAUUGAUCUAUCUUUUCAUCGUUGUGCAUUCGCUCAUUAGACUCCAAUUAGGCUAUCGCUGUGUUCAACUUGGAAAAUCGGGUCAAGAUGAAGAUGUUAACUAAGUUUGAGUCCAAGUCUUCGCGUGCGAAAGGUGUUGCCUUCCACCCAACAAGACCAUGGAUUUUGGUUUCAUUACAUUCCUCAACCAUCCAAUUAUGGGAUUACAGAAUGGGUACUUUAAUUGAUCGUUUUGAAGAACAUGAAGGUUCAGUCCGUACUGUUGAUUUCCAUCCAACUCAACCUCUUUUUGUCUCAGGUGGUGAUGAUUAUACUGUCAAAGUUUGGUCAUUGGACACUAGAAAAUGUUUGUUUACUCUAAGUGGACAUCUGGAUUAUGUUCGUACUGUUUAUUUCCAUCAUGAUUUACCUUGGAUCAUCUCAGCAUCUGAUGAUCAAACCAUUAGAAUAUGGAAUUGGCAAAAUCGUUCAGAAAUUGCAUGCUUAACAGGUCAUAACCAUUAUGUCAUGAGUGCUCAAUUUCAUCCAUCUGAAGACUUGAUUGUUUCUGCUUCAUUAGAUCAAACUGUUAGAGUUUGGGAUAUCUCAGGUUUAAGACAAAAACAUUCAGCUCCACAAAAUAAUUUUUAUGAAGAACAAUAUGGUCGUCAAAACAUUUCUCAACAAGAUAUUUUUGGUAACACAGAUGCUGUUGUUAAAUACAUUUUAGAAGGUCAUGAUAGAGGUGUCAACUGGGCUUCAUUCCACCCUCGUUUACCAUUGAUUGUUUCUGGUAGUGAUGAUCGUCAAGUUAAAUUAUGGAGAAUGAGUGAAACUAAAGCUUGGGAAGUUGAUACCUGUAGAGGUCACACUAACAAUGUUUUAAGUGUUUUAUUCCAUCCACAUCAAGAUUUGAUCAUUUCCGUCGGUGAAGAUAAGACAAUUAGAGUUUGGGAUUUAAACAAACGUACACCUGUUAAACAAUUCAAAAGAGAUCAUGAUAGAUUCUGGUUGAUUGCUUCACAUCCACAUAUCAACUUAUUUGCCACUUGUCAUGAUUCUGGUGUUAUGGUUUUCAAACUAGAUCGUGAACGUCCAGCUCAUUCUAUUUUCCAAAAUCAAUUGUUCUAUGUCAAUAACGAUAGACAAGUUCAAAUCUUUGACUAUGACAAACAAGUUUCUUCUUUGCCAACUUUAUCUUUGAAAAAAAUUGGUAAUGCUUGGAACAACUUGAGAACUCUCUCUUACAAUCCAAGCUCUCGUUCAAUCUUGGUAACCACUGGUGAACAAUAUGCUUUGAUUGGUUUACCAAAAGAUAUCACUGGUGCUAUUGAACCUCAAGACUUGAAAUUAGGUGAUGGUAAUAAUGCUGUUUUCAUUGCUCGUAACAGAUUCGUUGUUUACUCUAAGUCAACUCAAAACCUUGAAGUUAAAGAUCUUGACAACUCAACCACCAAAACUAUCAAAUUAGAUAGUAAUGUCAAAGAAGUUGUUUAUGGUGGUCCAGGUUCUAUUUUAUUAUUGAAAAACAACUCAGUUGUUCACUACGAUGCUCAACAGAAGAAAGUGCUAGCUGAAGUCCAAGUCAAUAAUGUUAAAUAUGUUUCAUGGUCAUUGGAUGGUCAAUACAUUGCUCUUUUAAGCAAACACACUAUUACUAUUGUUAACAAAAAAUUGGAAGUUAUCACAUCUAUGCAUGAAACUAUUCGUAUCAAGAGUGCUGCCUGGGAAGAAACUGGUGUUUUGUUUUACUCAACUUUGAACCAUAUCAAAUACACUUUAUUGAAUGGUGACAAUGGUAUCAUUAAAACUCUGGAUUCUACAUUAUAUAUUACCAAGGUUUCAGGUAGAGAUGUUUACACUUUGAACCGUAAUGGUGAAGUUGAAAUUGUCAAAAUUGAUAGCACAGAAUACCGUUUCAAGAGGGCCUUAGUUAACAAAAACUUUUAUGAAGUUUUACGCCUCAUCAGAACCUCAAAACUUGUCGGUCAAAACAUCAUCGCUUACUUACAAAAAAGCGGAUACCCAGAAGUUGCAUUACAAUUCGUUCAAGAUUCACAAACAAAAUUUGAACUUGCUUUGGAAUGUGGUAAUUUAGAUGUUGCAUUACAAGAAGCUAAAAAUUUGAACUCUGCUCAAAUUUGGGAAAAAUUAGGUGCUGAAGCCUUGAGACAAGGUAACGGUUCAAUCGUUGAAUUGGUUUAUCAAACUCAACAUCAAUUUGAUAAGCUAUCAUUCUUGUAUUUAAUAACAGGUGAUUUCAACAAAUUGGCAAAGAUGGAAACCAUUGCUGAACACCGUGGUGAUAUUGGUAGUUUGAUUCAAAAUACAAUUUACAACAAUUCAACUGAAAAAAGGACAGCCACUUUUGCUCAAGCUGGAUCAUUACCAUUAGCCUAUGCGACUGCUAAAACAAACGGUCAUGAAGAUUUAGCACAAGCUAUUCUUGAACAAGCUGGCUUAACUGAAGAAGAUAUUGAACUUCCAGAAAUUGAAUUAGAACCAACCACAAAACCAGAAGUCACUGGUCACACUUUCACUGACUGGCCAUUAGCUCCAGCUACUUUAUCAUACUUUGAAAAAGCCAUUCUUGGUCAACUUGAAGACCUUGAUAUUAAUGAUGCUCCUGCUGAUGAAGUUGAAACUGCCACUGGCUCUAAGGAUGUUGGUGCCUUCGAUGAACCAUUAUUUGAAGACGAAGAUGUUGGUGGUGAUGACGGUGGUUGGGAUAUGGGUGACGAAGAUCUCGAAGUUGAAGAUGUCAAUGAUGAGCUUGAUAUUGAAAUUGAAGAAGGUGCAGUACCAGCUGGUGAACUAUCUCACUGGUUACGUAACUCAAAAGUUGCUGCUGGUUAUGCCGCUGCUGGUGCAUUUGAUACCGCUGCUCAAAUUUUGAAUAGACAAGUUGGUGUUGUUAACUUUGAACCAUUACGUUCUCGUUUCUUACAGGUUUAUGAAGCUUCCAAACUUUCAUUAUCAGGAUCAGACGAGCUACCACCAAUCAAAACUUUUAUUCGUGCUGAUAUCGAAGAAGAUGAUUUGAAUAAGGUUCUCCCAUUUUUACCAGGUUUUGAAGAAAUUACCAAAACUAUCAAUGAAGGUUUCAAAAACUUCAAAGCUAAUAACCUUCCAGCUGCUAUCGAGUCAUUCCGUAAAGUGAUAUAUAUCAUUGCUGUGAUUGCUGUCGAUAACGACGAAGAUGAACAAAAGACCCUCGAAGCUUUGUCUAUUGCUCGUGAAUACAUUCUUGGUUUAUCAAUUGAAUUACAACGUCGUUCAUUAGGUGCUGAAGAAGUUCAACGUAAUUUGGAAUUGGCAGCUUACUUCACCAAGACUAAAUUAAUUCCAUCCCAUAGAGUUAAUGCAUUACAAGUUGCUAUGAACCAAUCUUACAAACACAAAAACUUUGCUUCUGCUUCAUACUUUGCUUCAGAAUUCUUGAAAAUUGUCACAAGUGGGCCUCGUGCUGAACAAGCUCAAAAAAUUAAAGCCAAGUCUGAUACUAUUGCUCGUGAUGCCAUUGAAAUCAAUUUUGAUCCAUAUGUGGACUUUGAUAUCUGUGCUGCCACUUAUACACCAAUAUAUAAGGGUUCACCAUCCGUUUCUGAAGCUUUAACAGGUGCUAAAUAUCAAGCAUCUGAAAAAGGUAAGCUUGAUAAAAUCACUUUGAUUACUAGCAUUGGAGCACCAGCUUCUGGUUUGAGAAUUCGUGUAUGAACACUAAAAAAAGAAUUGGUUUUCUCUCCGGUUUAUUUAAAACUUAUGUACAACAAAAAAAAAGAAUGUUUUAUUUGAAAUAGACGAUGAUUUAU